AAAGAAGCAGCCGUUUGAGUCUCGCGCCUGCUGGCCGGUGGCUGUUUGCACUAUGCCAGAGACUCGCCGCAGCGGCCGCCUGUCGGCAACUAAAAUACAGAAAGAGGCAGCCAUGGCUACUCGGAGCAGCUUGCUCGAGGAGAAGCUGGAGACCCCGCGGGGCCAGAGGCGGUCACUGCGGUUGAAGACGAAGGAGAUACCCUUCAGAUCCAUGGCCUAUCAAAGACCUGGUGCCUCUAUUUAUACGGAUUUAGCAACACCUCAAACUCUAUUCAGGAAGGUUCUGGAGACCCAGCCAAUAAUCUCCCCUCUUGUUCCUGAAAAACCUGAUUCCCCCAAACCAGUGGAGACAGUAUUCCAAGCUCCUUUGAAGAGUGUACCCUGCAGCAACCCAGAAAUCCAUUUGUCUGACUCUGCUCCCAAGGCUACAUCUCGGACUGCACUGCUCAACACUAGGUCAAAAAAGAAGGUCCGUCUUUCUGUGUUUGAGAGAGCUCUGGAUGAGCAACUUGCGUCAACUCAUUCAUUGUUGAACAUCACAUCUCAGUCAGAGUCUCAGAUCUCUUUUAGAACCCCACCGCCAUUGCGCUCUGCUGGGAAGAAAGGCUUAGUCCGUAGGCCAAAGAAUUACAGAUGUGUUACUGUGAAAGCUUUUGAAGACGGCAUUGAACAAAACUUGCUGCAAACAAAAGGCUCACAGAGCUACCUUGUGGCUCCAAGUACGUUAUCAAAUGAUUCCUCAGCACAAUUUGCUGAUACAGAGUCGAUUGCCCAACCUGAGCUCAGCAGGCAGAGUGGAGCAGGGCUUUCUGCUGUUCAUUCUCAGCUUCACCCAACAAUUCAGUCUUUAGCCAGAGAGAGUUUGCCAUCUUCUAUUGAGACACCCUGGCAGGGUGCAGAAAAUGAUUUGGCUGUUGAAGGAGUGACACAGAACAAAGGAAAUAUAACUCAUUCAUUGUUGGACGACACAUCUCGGACAAAGUCUCAGAUCUCUUUUAGAACCCCACCGCCAUUGCGCUCUGCUGGGAAGAAAGGCUUAGUUCGUAGGCCAAAGAAUUACAGAUGUGUUACUGUGAAAGCUUUUGAAGACGGCAUUGAACAAAACUUGCUGCAAACAAAAGGCUGUGAGUUUCCUUUGGUUCUCAUUUGGACUGGGUGCCUGUGUCUAUUUGAGUACUACCUUUUGGCUCCAAGUACGUUAUCAAAUGAUUCCUCAGCACAAUUUGCUGAUACAGAGUCGAUUGCCCAACCUGAGCUCAGCAGGCAGAGUGGAGCAGGGCUUUCUGCUGUUCAUUCUCAGCUUCACCCGACAAGGCAGUCUUUAGCCAGAGAGAGCUUGCCAUCUUCUAUUGAGACACCCUGGCAGGGUGCAGAGAAUGAUUUGACUGUUGAAGGAGUGACACAGAAUGAACAAAAAGAGAUAUUCACACAAUACACUGACUGCGUUGAUGGGACUGAAGCUGUACUUGAGGAAAAUGCUGCUAAUCCAAUGGAAGAUCAUCAGCAGAGCCUGCAGAAUCCUAAGGAAGGAUUAUUACGCGAUCAUCAAAAACAGAUGUUAAUGCAGAGCACUGAACAUGCAAAUGGGUUGAGAGUUGUGUUCCAGGAAAGGACUGUUACUCCUGAAAGAGGGCAGCAAGAGAGCCUGCAUGGGAACAGUGAUAUGGAACACUUCUUAAGUCCUGAAAAUCAUCUGCCCGCCAACCCAGUAAGAUCAUCACCAAGUGAUGCCAAACUCCCAGAAGCACAUCCAGGCCACCUGCAUCCUUCACUGAAUGAAAAGUCUGCCAAGCUUUUGGUGAAAGAAAUGAUCCCACACAUAAGCAAGGAGCUGGAAAGCAGUGUGGUUCCAACUGCUGUGAACCUUGCUGCAGGGACUCACCUGCAGGAAGAACCUUUCCCCAGUGAAAGGGAUAUUCAGAACCCCCAAAGUACUACAGCUGGAACUCCAAGCAGAUGUGUAAGUAGAAAGAGAUCUGAGCAGUUUGAGAGGCUACCAACAAAAGAAAUGGAAGACAGAACAUCUCAAGAAACUAUGGAUGACAUGGUUUCAGAAGCUGAAAUGGAUUCUGAAACUGAGGAGGUGUCAGAGACUGAAAUGGAUUCCGAGAAAGUUGGUGAGAAGAUUUGUUUGGGAAGGGGAAUGGAAUUGUGGUUACUCAUGGAAGUUGGAGAUGGCAUGCAAAGGGCUUAUCUUUUUUUUCUCCCAUCAGACUUAACUGAAAAGACACCGGCAUUUGUACGUACUAGAGUUUUGCAGUGUACACCAUUGCUGUCUGCCCUACAUGCUCCAAAAGUGGCUGCCUCCAGGUCUCUUUCAAAACAGCUUUCAGUUAAGCAGGCUACAAAGCCAGCUCAGAGGGCAUGCAGAGGAAAACGUGAGCCGGCUCUCCCCCGCAAGUUUGUAAAAAAUGUAUUUGUCCACUGUGUGAAGAUGCCAGUGACCAAGGAUGCUUUCAAGGCUGUGGAGAAUUGUGUGGACUUGUACUUUAAACAACUGAGUGACGACUUGGAAGCCUAUGUAAAUCAUGCCAGAAGAAAGACUAUAGAACCAGCUGAUCUGGAGCUUCUCAUGAGGCGGCAAGGACUGAUAACUGACAAGAUUCCAUUAAAUGUGCUGAUAGAGCGUCAUAUGCCUCUGGAGUACAGGCAGCUGCUAAUUCCUGUUGCCACUAGUGGAAAUAAAGUGUUCCCUCCCAUGCUAUGAUGAAAUGCUGGUGGCAAUCUGUUCUCAAUAUGGGGAAAGGAAUGCAGUUCCAGAAACACCCUGGGAGGCUCUAGAAUUAGAACAUUUACAGUACACCCAGCAAGUUCUCAGUACUUUACUUAAAAGACUAGGGGAAAAUCUCAAUUGUGAAUAAAAUAAGUAUUUACUCUUUUUACCUUUGUCUCCUGUAGUACAGAAGCUUUCUUCAUAUUCCUGUACAGUGGUUGUAAAAUAAAGCAAUGUUUUGCCGA